CUGUUUCCGCUGCAAUGUUUUUCCUCCGGUGUCGUCGCGGUCUGAACGGUUCAAAAGCGCCCGGGAACACCGACCCGUAGAAUCAGAACCGGGACCGGAGCGUUGACCCUCCGUCAUGGUUCAGGAGUUUCACGUCCUCAGGUGUUAUUCAUGUGAAAGCUUCCAAGUCCAACAGGUGAAGAAGGUGAACAAGUGGAUUUGUAAGCUUUGUGGAGAGAAGCAGUCGCAGCUGAAGGAGUUUGGGCGGGGCUCCGGAGCUGAAUGCAGACGCCAUGUUCAGAAACUUAACGCCAUGAGAGGAGCAAUGAUGGAGGAGCACAACAGCUGCUCUCUACGGAAGCAAGUGGAGGCAGAGAGAGAGGAUGUACCUGAGGAAGACGACCAGAUGAAGGAGACUGGAUCGAGCCGUUGGCGCAAAUACCUGGACACACCUGAGGCUGAGCCAGAGGAUGAGGAAGAGGAUAAUGUCUCUCUGGACAGGCAGCAGCUCCGUGACAACCACAUGACUGACAGAAAGAGAGCGAGAAUAAAAGGAAGACCAGACGGAUGCACACCUGAACAGGCAAACUACGCCAGUCCUCCCAGAAAGAGACUCAUUAAUCCUCUCAGUGAGAGUCCUGCUCCAGUCUCCAGGUGGGAGGAGUCAGUCAGUGAUGACAUCAUCAGUCUGCCCCUCACCAGGUCAUUACUUCCUGUUUCGUCAAUGUUUGAGAGCGGAGAAGAUUUCAGCUUUUAAGGGAUUUUGAACAAAAUGUUAUUGUUAAACCACAAAAAAAU